AUGCUCGAACACUCUUUCAGUCCGCAAAAAGGCUUUUAUGAUAAGGACAAUGAUUAUCAUCAAAAACAGCGGCUGGAUCCCGCCACUGAUGAUAGCCAUGCAACCAUCACCGAAAAACCCAUCAAACGAUCUAAAUUUAGACUGUCAAGUGUAAGAGAUCUAUUUUGGAAACGAAAACAAAUACCGGAUGGCACACCACGCAUCGUCCACAUCAACAGUCCUCUACUGAACGAACAGCAAAAAUUCAUGGGCAACUCUGUUUCAACCGCCAAAUACAAUCCCAUCACAUUUUUACCGAAAUUUUUGUACGAAGAAUUCAGCAAAACGGCCAAUCUGUUCUUUUUGUUCAUCUCGGGUGUCCAGCAAAUCCCAAACAUCUCUCCCACCUCACGUUACACGACGGUGGUUCCACUUGUCAUCGUUCUCCUCAUCACGGCAGUCAAAGAAAUUGUUGAAGACUUUGGUGUGCAUCGAUCUGAUCGUGAACUAAAUGCUCGAUUAUGCAAGAUUUUUGAUGGAUCUCAGUUUGUUGAAAAGCGUUGGCGGGAUGUGAAAGUGGGUGAUAUUUGCAGAAUCGAGAGUUCCGAAUUCUUUCCUGCCGAUCUGAUUUUGCUCAGCAGUUCCGAACCGGAAGGUCUAUGUUAUAUCGAAACGAGCAAUUUGGACGGAGAAAUCAACUUGAAAAUCAAACAAGCGUUGCCUGAAACGGCCAAGUAUGUCUCACCUGCGCAGAUCGCCGGUUUCAGUGGAGUUGUAAAAUCCGAACAGCCCAACAAUCGACUCUACAACUAUGACGGUGCCUUAACCAUGCAAACUGACGAUGGCACUUCAAAACCCAAAGACCUGCCUCUUGAUCCCAAUAAGUUGUUGCUUCGAGGCGCGCAACUUCGAAACACUAGCUGGAUCUACGGUCUCGUUGUUUUCACCGGCCAUGAAACAAAACUCAUGUUAAAUUCCAGCAAAAAGCCAACCAAGACAUCCAAUGUAUCGCGUAUCACCAAUCGAAAUAUCUUGUAUCUUUUUAGUAUGCUGGUCCUCAUGAGCAUUCUCUGUUCGGUUGGUAACCUUGCAAUUUCCCUACGAGAUGGCGACCAGUUGUCUUAUAUACAAAUCCCAGCCACAGAACGAGGACGCGAAUUCGGGCUCAACAUUCUCACCUUUAUGAUUCUGUUUAAUAGUUUUAUUCCUAUCAGUUUGAUGGUGACGAUGGAAAUUGUCAAGUUCAUUCAAGCAACGAUGAUUGAUAACGAUCUUGACAUCUAUUACGAAAAGACCAAUACACCUGCCGUAGCACGAAGCAGCAGCUUGAUAGAAGAACUCGGUCAGAUCGAAUACGUAUUUUCGGACAAGACGGGUACGCUGACAUGCAACGAAAUGGAGUUCCGGGAGUGCUCCAUUGCUGGUUUAGCUUACGCUACGACUGCUGAUCCCGAUCGGCGCCCUCAAUCCGAGUACGAUAGUCACGGCCAAUAUUCCUUUCAGCAACUUGACGAUCAUUUGCAGAGAUCCAUGCACGCCAAUAUCAUUCACGAGUUUCUGACGGCGCUUAUGACCUGCCAUACGGUGAUUCCAGAAACGAAAGCGGAUAGCGACGAGAUCGUAUACCAGGCAUCCUCUCCUGACGAAGGUGCUCUUGUUACCGGCGCGAGUAAAAUCUUUCAGUACCACUUUUAUGCGCGACGCCCUCAUUCGAUCCACUGUACAAUCAAAGGCGUGGAUCAGGAAUAUCAAAUUUUAAACGUGUGCGAGUUCAACUCUACGCGAAAACGCAUGUCCGUAGUUCUUAAAGGAAUCGACGGCAAGAUCAAACUUUUUUGCAAAGGUGCAGAUACUGUGAUCAUGGAACGUCUAGCUGCGGCUAACAAUCAGUUUAUGAAUCCUACGUUGGAGCAUUUGGAGGAAUUUGCAUCGGAAGGUUUACGUACGCUAUGCUACGCGAUGCGCGAAAUUUCGGAUGAUGAGUAUGCUCGUUGGUCGCAGAUUUAUGACAAGGCAGCAACGACCUUGGUGGAUCGUGCCGAAGAAUUGGAUAAAGCAGCCGAAGUGAUUGAAAAGGAUAUGUUUUUAUUGGGUGCAACGGCAAUUGAAGAUAAACUUCAAGACGGCGUGCCAGAUACCAUUCACACGUUGCAAGAGGCUAACAUUAAGGUGUGGGUACUGACCGGCGAUCGGCAAGAAACAGCCAUCAAUAUUGGCUACAGCUGUAAGCUUUUGACGGAAGAAAUGGAUCUCAUUAUCUGCAACGAAGAAGAUCAUGAAUCUACUCGUUUGUUUCUCGAGAGAAAGUUGCAAGAUGCGCAGUUGCAAAGGGCUACUCAGAAUGAGCCUUUGGCACUCGUCAUUGAAGGCAAAGCGCUUACAUUUGCUUUGGAAAAAGAUUUGGAAAAAAUAUUUUACGACUUGGCGAUUUUGUGCAAGGCCGUCAUUUGUUGUCGUGUGUCUCCUCUACAAAAAGCACUCGUCGUAAAAUUGGUCAAGAAAUAUUCAAAAUCUAUUCUCUUGGCGAUCGGAGAUGGCGCCAAUGAUGUGUCCAUGAUUCAAGCUGCCCAUGUGGGUGUUGGUAUCAGCGGUGUGGAAGGUCUGCAAGCAGCGCGAAGUGCCGAUUUCGCGAUUUCCCAAUUCCGGUUCCUGAAAAAACUACUGCUUGUACACGGUGCUUGGGCAUACCAGAGACUGAGCAAGAUGAUUUUUUUCUACUUUUACAAAAAUGUUGCCUUGUAUUUAACACAGUUCUGGUAUGCUAUCUUUAAUGGAUUCUCGGGUCAAACGUUGUAUGAAUCGUGGACGAUGUCAUGCUUCAACGUUAUCUUUACCUUUCUGCCACCAAUGGCUAUCGGCAUUUUCGAUCAGUUCACAUCAGCUCGACUGCUGGAUAAAUACCCGCAAAUCUAUAUGCUCGGCCAAAGUAACGAAUUUUUCAACCAAAAGCGAUUUUGGGGUUGGAUCCUGAAUGCUGUGUAUCAUUCAGCUCUUUUGUUUUUCUUGGGAAUGGUGGCGUUCAAAGAGGACGGCGUGUUUCAAAGUGGAUGGACCGGUGGUCAAUGGUGGGUCGGCACCACGAUUUUCAGUGCUACUUUAGCGACCAUUCUGUGGAAAGCCGCUCUCAUCUCAGACAUAUGGACAAAAUAUACGUAUUUGGCGAUUCCUGGUUCGAUGGUAAUUUGGUUUAUCUUUUUGCCAUUUGUUGCCUAUGUGGGGCCGUUGCUGCCAUGGGGCAUCUUUUUGGAAUACGAAGGUAUUGUACCUCAGCUGUUUGGCAAUGUGAAUUAUUGGCUUUUCUUCAUUAUGAUUCCAUUUGCCUGCAUUCUUCGAGAUUAUCUUUGGAAAUAUUACAAACGCAUGUACCGUACGCGCAGCUAUCAUUACAUCCAAGAAAUUCAAAAAUUCAACUUGCCCGAUUAUCGACCACGCAUGGAUCGGUUCCGCCAAGCUGUUAACAAGGUGCGCAAGAUCCAACGACUCAAGCAAUCACGCGGUUUCGCCUUCUCUCAGGCCGAUUCCGAUCAAACGAAAAUCAUUAGAAUGUACGAUACUACACAGCAAAAACCCACGGGUUAA